GUUUUUGCGUUUUUCCUAAAAUUCCGUGUGACUCACUUAGUUUGUGUGUUUUCGUUGUGUUUGAGAGUGACGCAUUAGGCGAUCACGUCCUGGUGUUAUCCCCGUUCUCGUCCUUUCUUUGGUUGGCCAUUACAGUAACAUUUAGGUUAAGUUGUAAAGAGUGAAGAAUUUAAAACUUAUUUCCAAUCUUACUUACCCCAGUAAAAUAUUCCUUACUAUAAUAUUAUGGCAGAUGCUAAAAAAGUGAGUAUGGGAAGCAAUCCAAAAGUACUAGAAUACAAAGACAGUUUGAAAAAAGAGGCCGAAGAGUUACUUCUCAAAGGAUUCCCAGCGACCAUAGUUAAGUUGAACGCCCUUCUAGAAACUCCACAGUUUAAAAACAGACGAUUUGCUGAUGUCCACCAAGACUUGAACAUCCCGAUUCCUGACCCCAUCGUGCUCAACAGCCACACUGACUUACCUCCUGCAAAGAAGGCCAAAUAUGACAAUAGCAUAUCCCAAGAUGGAACGAAGGUGAUGAUCCUGCCAAGCGGGUCAGUGCCGACUAAUAAACAUUUAGUGGAACUCGUUGAAGCCGUUAAACCUCACAUUCGAAAGCUCGUAGAAGAUUCCAACACCAUGAAAAUGUGGAUAUCGUUCAUGAUUCCGAAAAUCGAAGACGGCAACAACUUCGGCGUUUCCAUUCAGGAGGACACGCUGGCCGAGGUGCAGUCGGUGGAGUCGGAAGCGGCGGCCUUUUUUGACCAAAUUUCUCGAUACUUUAUUUCACGGGCUAAAGUAAUUUCGAAAGUUGCUAAGUAUCCUCAUAUAGAAGACUACAGGAGAGCUGUGCAAGAGCUUGACGAAAAGGAAUAUCUCAGUUUGUGGCUGGUAAUGUGUGAAAUAAGAAACCGAUAUUGUGCCCUACAUGAUAUUGUCGUGAAAAAUCUGGACAAAAUCAAGAAGCCACGUUCCACCAAUGCUACAGAAUCUUUGUACUAAAAGCUCCAUAACACAUAAAUAAAAUAAUUCAAUUCA